AACCAUUACAAAACCAGCGCGGGUGGCAAGAACAGAGCUGCAACUUCCUCACCUAUAAAACAACGAAGCGUCUAGCGAGCAAGAAGCUGUUACCACCAAAGCGGCAAAGCCAACCAGUUCUUCAGCCAAACUAAUUGGCAUCGCCUUGAGCCAGUCAAAUGGAGGGGCUCAUCCCGUUCAUCUACAAGGCCAUCAAGGAGCGGCGGACCCGGAGCUACUCCAGGUGCAGCUCCACCGGCUCGGCGCACGGCCGGUUCGGUGGCCGCGUGGACGACGGCGUCUGGGGCCAGAAGCAGUGGGUGGCGCCGGUGCGUGAGGACCUGGCCGAUGGCAAGUUUCCGGCGGAGAGGGAGAUGACGCACCGCCGUCACCGGUCGCUGGAGGAGCUGGCGGGGGAGGUGGGGGCCUCGCCACAGUGGCGGCCGGGCGCGCUGCCGAGAGGGCGGAGCCUCAGGAUCUUCUCAUGCAUCGGCGGCAUGUGAGGACGCUCGCGGCUCCCGUGCUUACGUGCAUGCGCUGGCGCAGGAGGAAGGUUGGUGCGUGCAGGAUCAAGGAAUUUGCUCGUGAUUUGCUUAAUUUUGAGGUAAGAUUCAGUGGAAGGAGUAAGGAAUUAAUGUAGUGGUUGUACCGUGUUAUCCAUCCAACUACCAAAGUGUACAUGCUCAUGGUUUCGAUCUAUGCGUUUGUUUCGUGCUA